AUGCAGUGUCGCAAAGUCGAACCGAAUGUUAUAAUGAAUUCUGCAAGAUUAGUGCAACGCCCUAUCGAGGCAAAUAAACUUGAGGAAGAGAUAAUUCAUGUAAUAAAGAGUCCAGAAAAAAAGAGUCCAAAGAAUAGUAAAUCACUUAAACUUUCAUCUUCUGGUCCGAUUAUAAAUUUGCAACAAUAGAUAAUAAUUCAUCAAAGUGCUCCUACUAAGGACUCUUAAGCUUUACUGAAAUUCUAAAAUUAAAUUAAGAAGAAGAAAAAGAAGAAGAAGACUUAAAAGAAAGAUAAAGUAUAAACAUUAGAUAAGUAAGGAUCAGAAGUUAGACUAGAACAUCUACUAAAAUCAAACUUAAGGAAACAUUAAAGUAUUUUAUAUGAUUUACAAAUAGAGGAAAAAUAAGAAUAAUAGAUUAAGGAAGAAAUGCAAAAGCAAAGGGUAGUUAGUUUUAACGAAAUGAGAAAAAUGAUGGAUUAGCAAAUUAGAUAAUUAAAUUAGCAAAGAUUUGUUAGGGUAAAUUUUACAUUUUAUUUGUAUAAAGUCAAAAUCUCCAUCAUCAUCCAUGUUACCUUGGGGUAUUAAUUAGAAUAAAUUAAAAUAAUAUUGGACAAAAAUGUUAGACAUUCAUGAUAAAUUAGAAAAUCCUUAAUAAAUAAAUUAAACUGCUACAGAAUAAGCAAUUAAAGAAAAAAUUAGAAGACAUAAGUUGGGAUUGGAUUUUCUCAAUUCAAAACCUGAAAAAUAUAUAUAAAAAAUGAUACAAAGUAAAUUCUAUUUUAAAUUAUUAGAAUAAAAAUCAAAAUAAGUUUUAGAGAUUAUUUAAUCUCCAUAAAAACUUAAAAGUAGUUUAGAGAAUAAAGAUGCUGAAUAGGAUGUUAAAUUAUAUAUGAUGUAUAAGAGAGAAUUAUGGAGGCAAAAAAAAAAUGAAGAGUAUCUAAUUUAUUUAUUUAUUAAUUAGAAAAAAAUAAUAAAAAUUGAAAAAAGAGAAAUUGGAAUAAAAUUUACAAAUACUAGAUUAAGAAGCUAAACUCUUUGCUAAAUCAAGAAAUGCUUCUCUAAAAUCAAAUUUAACAGCUUAAGUAGCUUCUUAUCAUGGAUAAUAAUCAUCUUAACACUUUAGAACUUCUGAAGCUCCUAAUUUUAAUAAAUUAGAAAAAGAAUAUAAAGAACUCAUGCGAUCUCUCAGAUAAUCUAGUUAUAGUAGUACUUAAUCUCAUACAAGAAAAACAAGUUAAAUGAAAUUUAUAGAUUGGCUAUAAAAAGUACCUGAAUCUUAUAUCUAAGAAUAAAUGUCUCAAAUGUAAUCCAUAAAUGAAUAAAUGAAUAAUAAAGGAUUUCAAUACAAAUUAAGUGAAUAAGAAAUGUUUCAAUUUUUAGAGCAAUUUCUAAAAGAAAAAUUUGAAUAAUAAACUAAAUCAAAUAUCAAAGACCGAUUUAAUGAAUUAUAAGAAAGAUUUUAAUAGACUUUUAAAUAAUAAUUAUCUAAUAGCUAAUUAUAAUCUCAAUAAUAAAAUAUAACUCAUUAGACUCAUUAAAGUAAUAGGAGUUAAUCUUAAAAAGAAAAAGUAUCUACAUCUCCAAAAGAAUUAAUCAUAAAUGAAACGAACGAAGAAUAAUUAAAAUAAAUAUAAAAUAUGGCUGCUACUAUGAUAUAAAAGAUUUGGAGAGGUUAUAAGACAAGAUCAAUUGUUUUUGAAUAUCUUUAAUAUUUAAUUUAAGAGCAAGAAUUGGAGGAAUAAAAAAAUGAGGAAUAAAAAUUGCAUUAGUAGUUUGAAGGAUUGUCUCAAGAGGGAGAAAUUAAAUCCAUAAACUAAUUGAAUGAUUCUGAAAUACAAUUAAACCCUUUAGAUUUACAAUAAUAGGAUUCUCCAAUUCCUUAAUUUUAAGAUAAUGCCCCUCCUCCAUCAGAGUCUUUAUAAUAAUCAAGUUCUAGAGGAAAUAAAAGUAUUUCUAAUUUAAUUUUGGACUAAUUUUCAUAAUAAUAAUCAUCUCCGUAAAAAUCUAUUCAAUAAUAAUAAUAAUAAUAAUAAUAAUAAUAAUCAGAAUCAGAAUCUUAAAUCAUAGACUAGGAAAAUAAUCAGAAUUCAACUCCUUAAAAAAACAUUUGUUUAUAUCAUGGAUUGAAUUCUGAUCCAGAAUACUUUAUGCAAGUGAUAAAUUUAAGAGAAGAAGCCUUAUAAUUGAAAUAUAACUAAUAACUAGCAUUAUUAGAAAAAAUGUUAGAAAUAAAGAAAGUCUCAAGUGAUUUGUAUUCAGAAAAUAAAGAUAAAUUAGAUAAAAGAUAUAGAAGGGAGAAAGAUAAGUUAUAAUAAUCUAAAAACGACCUUGAAAGAUUACAUUAAAUGUUUAAAGAUACAAUAAGAUCAACAUAAAAAGAUCAAUUAUUUAUGGAAAGAAUGAAAAUCUAAACUGAUGAAGAGAAUUUAUCUAUUAGAUAAAUUUUUUCUAUUCGUUCAGAAACUGAAUAAUCUGAUGGAGAAAUAGAAAGAAAAUCUAUUCCACAUUAUGGAUUAUUAUAAUAAAUUAGUAUUAAUAAAUUAAUAAAAUUUAGAGAAUGAUUAAUUUAAGAAAUAUUCGAAAAAUAGAAAAUAAGUGAGGAGUUUUGAUUAAUAAGUAAGUUUAGAUGAAAUUUCUAUGAAAAAUGAGGAAAUCUAAACAAGUACAAUAUUUAAUGUUCAAACAGAAUUAAUAAAUCAUUCCUAACAUAAAUCUAUAUAAUUACCAUCCACUCUUUAAUAAUCUGUACCUUCUUAAGAAUCAAUAGAAAUUACUGAAAAUAAAGUAAUUGAACCAAAAGAAGGUUUUAAAAAAUCAAUAAUACCUUUUGAUGAUAGAAAAAUUGAUAAUUUAACUGAAAAUAUAGUUUAAAAUAUCAUUUCAGAAUUUGCUGAAGAGUUGAAUAAUUUUCCAUUACAAUCUCUAGGUGUAUUGAUGGAAUGGGAUGAGGACUCUCAAUUAGACUAAUUAUUUCCUCCAGGAUUUCCAACAACCCUUAAUUUUAUUAAAGAUUAUCUUGUAUAAUUUAGCGAAUUUAUUUAAAGUAAAAAUUUAAAGAUUUAUAGAGCAUUAUCUUACGGUUUUUAUAUAGUAGGUUAAUACUCCUUUAGGUAUUACACCUUAAGAUUUAUUAAGGACAAUUUCACUUAGUGAUAUGUAAUAAAAUGGUCUUGAUGACUCAACAUCUGGACCUUUGUAUCCACUAAUAAAACACAUUCAUCAAAUGGAACCUUUAAUUGAUGAAGAGAUUUGGACUAAAUUUAAUUAGUCUUAUGCUCUUAAAUUAAAAUACUAUAAUGAUAUUAAUAUAAGUGAUGAAUUUAAGGAUCUUGAGAUUUAUCAUUUAAGGAUGAUUUAUGAAGCAUUUAAUGAGUCUAUAAAUUAUAUAAGACCAUUCGGAAUAAGAGGAUAGCCAUAUCCAUGGAAAUCAAAUCCUUUGAAGGUUUACUAAAGUUAAACAACUAAAGAAUCUAUUGAUAAAGCUAUGGGAUUUGCUAUUGCUAAAAUGUUAAAAUGGGGAUCAUUUUUAUGUGGGUUUAUCCCUGAAAAAAUAGAGACACCUUAAGGAGAAAUUAUUGUAAUAGAAGAUGAUUACUUGAAUUAAAUUAAAGAAGAUAGAUUAUAACAAAUGUUAGAAUAUGAGGUAAUAAAUAAUUUGAUCAAUUUUAGAUUCAAGAAUAAGAAGAAAAAUGGUAAAAUUAUGAUGAAGAAUAAGCUGAAGUUGCUGUUGAAUUAUCAGAUGUUUUAUUUGAAACUUUGUUGGAUGAAGCAGCUGAAGAGAUAUUCAAAAUUACUUAAGCAGAAAAUUAUUAAAUAAAAGUGUAUCACUAAUGA